UCUGAUGUAAUACAGGAAGUAAAAGGAUAAAUCAGUUUACUGUACUUCCGAUCUGAGUUCACACUGAAAAGACAUGGAGCCUAAGCUACAGUGUGUGCUGCUUGGACUUUGGUGCUUACUACUGCCAACGCUUGAGCAAGAUGCUCUUCAUUUUGCUGUGGUAGCUGACUGGGGUGGGAUUCCUGUCCCUCCUUACUAUACAGCUCAUGAACAGGCAGUUGCAGCAGAGCUGGACAGGCUUACCCGGACAGAGGAACUAGACUUUGUCCUUAGUCUGGGAGAUCACUUCUAUUUUUACGGCGUUCAGAAUGUGGAGGAUUUACGCUUUAAGAACACGUUUGAAAAUGUCUUCUAUCAGUCAUCUCUGCUGGAUGUCCCAUGGUUCCUGGUCGCUGGAAACCAUGACCACAAAGGAAACAUCUCAGCUCAAAUAGCUUACUCUGAUAUAUCCCGCCGCUGGAAUUACCCUGCUCUCUAUUAUGACCUUCAUUUUACUGUACCUCACACAAAUGUGUCUGUACACAUCUUGAUGAUUGACACAGUGGUGCUAUGUGGAAACACUUAUAACCAUAUCCAGCCUUUGGGAGCAGAGGAUUCAAGAGCAGCAGAAACUCAGUGGACCUGGAUCGAGACCAAGCUGGCAACCAGUAGGUCAGAAUAUGUUAUAGUGGCUGGUCAUUAUCCUGUUUGGUCCAUUGGACAUCACGGACCAACAUCCUGUCUGCUUAAACGGCUAAGGCCCCUGCUGAAGAAGUUUAAAGUCACAGUAUAUUUGUGUGGCCACGACCACAAUCAGCAGUUUAUUAGAGAGGAUGACGGAAGCCCAUAUGUGGUUAGUGGAAGUGGCACAAUCAGUGACCCUGACACCACUCACGAGGACAGUGUUCCUCGGUCCUGGCAGCUCUACUCCAGUCCUGUCAAUCACACCGUUGGAGGAGUGGCUUACUUUCAAGUAACCAAGCAGCAGAUGACCAUUACGUUCCUGCAGACAAAUGGAAAAUGUGCAUACCAGGUGGAAGUGCCAAGGCGCAUGUUGUAAAAUGCUGUAGAUUCCAGUUUUCUGCAAAUGUGAUUUUUUUUUAUAAAGGAUAUUGGUACUGUAUCUGUACCUGAAAAAAAAUAUUUUAAUCAAUAGAUGUUUUUACUUCAAUUACUAGAUGUUUCAGGUGACACCAUUUACACAUGUCAAGUGUUAAAUUUGUUCAUGAAGACUGUGACUGAAAAUAUUCAUCAGCAACGCCUUCUAGCAGACAAAGCUAAAUAAAUGCUAUAAUGACAAAGGCUAUGACAACAAUGAGGUAAAUGAAACAAAAGGAGAUGAAAAUCUGAGAGGGUAAAUUAGUAACUCCAGAAGCAGAGCCACAAAUGCUAAUUGAGUUGUUUUUAUUUUCUUUAUUUGUUAUCUUUAAAUUUAUAUUUUGCUGUAAAUACUGUGUUUUUAGUGCUGUGAGGGCCAUGUUUUCGUUGACUUACUAGAACAUUAUGUAUUUCUUCGGGAUUGUGUGCAAUGGCAUUACAGCCACAAACAUUGUUUUAUUUUUUUGAAAAUUGCACAUUUAUUUUCUUAAUCUUCUUCUUCUUCCACACCUGUAUUUGACAAUUAAAC